ACUCCAACUCUUUAUCAUUAUGCCCUCUUUUCAGACAAUGUCUUGGCUGCAUCAGUUGUUGUCAACUCAACCAUUGUGAAUGCUAAGGAUCCUUCAAAACAUGUAUUUCAUCUUGUUACAGAUAAGCUUAAUUUUGGUGCCAUGAACAUGUGGUUCCUGUCAAAUCCUCCUGGAAAAGCCACAAUCCAUGUUGAAAAUGUUGAUGAAUUCAGGUGGCUAAAUUCGUCUUACUGUCCAGUAUUACGUCAACUUGAAUCUGCUGCAAUGAGAGAAUACUAUUUCAAGGCUGAACAUCCAACCACUCUUUCAUCUGGUGCAUCGAAUCUUAAGUACAGAAAUCCAAAGUAUCUUUCUAUGCUUAAUCAUCUGAGGUUCUAUCUUCCUCAGGUAUAUCCCAAGUUGGAAAAGAUUCUGUUUUUGGAUGAUGACAUUGUUGUUCAGAAAGAUUUGACUGGAUUAUGGGAUGUGGAUCUUCAUGGCAAAGUUAAUGGUGCAGUUGAAACCUGUGGUGAGAGCUUUCACCGUUUUGACAAAUAUCUUAACUUCUCCAAUCCUCAUAUUGCAAGAAAAUUUGAUCCCAAUGCAUGUGGAUGGGCCUACGGGAUGAAUAUGUUUGACUUGAAGGAAUGGAAAAAACGAGACAUUACUGGCAUAUAUCAUAAGUGGCAGAACUUGAAUGAAGAAAGGUUACUCUGGAAGCUAGGAACACUUCCUCCGGGUUUGAUUACUUUUUAUGGACUGACACAUCCACUUGAUAAGUCGUGGCAUGUGCUUGGUUUGGGUUACAAUCCAAGCAUCGACCGGUCUGAGAUAGAGAAUGCUGCAGUUGUACACUACAACGGAAACAUGAAGCCUUGGCUGGAAUUGGCUAUGACAAAGUAUCGUGGUUAUUGGAGCAAGUAUAUCAAGUACAAUCAUCCUUACCUUCGCCAAUGCAAGUUAAAUGAAUGAGUCUGGUUUUAAACCACUCUUAGAUAUCAAACGAGGGAUCUCAAUCUCUUCUACUUGAGAGUUGCCGCUAUAUCUAGUUGAAACACACUGGUUGGUUCCCACAUUAGAUUGGGGGGCAGGGGGAUCUCUUUAACAUGUUUUGCUAUGCCUCGCUUCCCUCUUUCUCCCUUUAUAAUUCAUUCCAUUCAUUCCCAUACAAGAUAUGAUACUCAUUCCCUUGUUAACAUGUAAAUCCAUUAAUUAUAUUUUGCUGUUAGCCAAGUUUGAAUUGCAUUAGGAAGUCUAUGCCAAUUGGCUGUAAUUUUGGACAACAGACGAUCUGCUUCUUAAUAUCCAUGGUGCAAGUUAAAGAUUCAGAA